CCCUUGUAAUCCUAAUGCUUACAAAACAAACUAAGAAAGUUUUGAGUAAUUAAGUGACCAAGAACUUUGGAUUCAUUUUUCCUUUCUUCUGUUUUAGAACUGCCACCGGAUGAUCCUGAUUCCCUGUAAUUGAUAAUGUUGGAGAUCAGUUCUGCAACAUUCUGCCACAUUCAGUUGUUAAAAACAAAUAGAAUGCAAGUUCCUCGACUCCAGAUUAUGAAAACAGUACUUGGAAAACUGAAAACUAUCUAAAUGAUUGUCUUUGGUUGGGCCGUGUUCUUAGUAAGCAGAAGCCUUGGCCAGGGUCUGCUGUUGACUCUUGAGGAGCACAUAGCCCACUUCCUGGGGACUAGAGGUGCCACAGCUACCAUGGGUAAUUCCUGUAUCUGCCGAGAUGACAGCGGAGCGGAAGACAGUGUUGACAACCAGCAGCAACAGGCCGAGAACAGUGCAGUACCCACUGCUGACACGAGGAACCAACCCCGGGAUCCUGUUCGGCCACCAAGGAGGGGCCGAGGACCCCAUGAGCCAAGGAGAAAGAAACAAAAUGUAGACGGGCUAGUGCUGGACACACUAGCAGUCAUACGGACUCUUGUAGAUAAUGAUCAGGAACCUCCCUAUUCAAUGAUUACAUUGCACGAAAUGGCAGAAACAGAUGAAGGAUGGUUGGACGUUGUCCAGUCUUUAAUUAGAGUUAUUCCAUUGGAAGAUCCACUGGGACCAGCUGUUAUAACAUUGUUACUAGAUGAAUGUCCAUUGCCCACUAAAGAUGCACUCCAGAAAUUGACUGAAAUUCUCAAUUUAAAUGGAGAAGUAGCUUGCCAGGACUCAGGUCAUCCUGCCAAACACAGGAACACAUCUGCAGUCCUAGGCUGCUUGGCCGAGAAACUAGCAGGUCCCGCAAGUAUAGGCUUACUUAGCCCAGGAAUACUGGAAUAUUUGCUACAGUGUCUGAAGUUACAGUCCCACCCCACAGUCAUGCUUUUUGCACUUAUCGCACUGGAAAAGUUUGCACAGACAAGUGAAAAUAAAUUGACUAUCUCUGAAUCCAGUAUUAGUGACCGACUCAUCACAUUGGAGUCCUGGGCUGAUGAUCCUGAUUAUCUGAAGCGUCAAGUCGGUUUCUGCGCCCAGUGGAGCUUAGACAAUCUCUUUUUAAAAGACAGUAGGCAGCUGACCUAUGAGAAAGUGGACCUGAAUAGCAUUAGGGCCAUGCUGAAUAGCAACGAUGUCAGCGAGUACCUGAAGAUCUCGCCUCAUGGCUUGGAGGCUCGCUGUGAUGCCUCCUCGUUUGAAAGCGUGCGUUGCACCUUUUGUGUGGAUGCCGGGGUGUGGUACUACGAAGUCACUGUGAUUACUUCUGGUGUCAUGCAGAUCGGCUGGGCCACACGAGACAGCAAAUUUCUCAAUCACGCCCUCCUCCGGUGCCAGCCACAUCUCUGGCUCAGUUUUUAUAUUGGAACCCGUGAUGACUUUUACCUUGCAUUUAAGCUAAAGCAGUCAUGUAAAGAGGGAAGACGAAACCCACUAGAGGAAGCAGGAUUCAUCUACCACGACUUGAGUAUCAGAGGCUGGGGUUCCUCCCUUUCCUAUAGAUGUUGAUUUCUUGCCAAUAUAUACCCUUCAGAUGCCAGCCUGAACAGCUUUCUUGUGUUAUUGCAGUUUUAAGCUGUUUGGAAUUAAUCCAGUUUUGAUCUGGAUUCUUAUGGACAUAGGAGUUUUACCCUUUGAACUGGGAAAAUCCCUUGGAUUAUUUUGUUAAUCUAAACAAUAGUCUCCCAUAUGUAAGGUGCUAGGAUAGGUUUUAGAAGUGAACCAAACUGAGCCUGCCUGCCAGAAGCAUAGUUUUGGAAGGGGCCCUUCCAGCGAGGCUGUAUAGCAUCUUGGAAUUGUGCAUAGCGUUUUGCCAAACUCCUUGCUGGAGAGACAACUGGAGGAAGGGGGCCAGUAGAGAGGUCAGAUUCUUGUCCAGGAUAGAAAACUAGACCCCAGACUGCUCUUGCUUUCAUUGGGAACUUACCCUGAUGAAGGGCCUCCUCUUUGACUGGGCCUUAAUUAAAACCUGGAAGCGUGGGGCUUGAUUGUGGCACCAUGAAGUCAGAAGUACAUGGGUCUGGAGAACAAUGCCAAUUAAUAAUUAAUAAAAUCUUUUAAAAAAAAAAGCACUUAAAAUAAUUUAAGAUCCCAUCCACUCUUUUAACAAUAAAAUAACUGUGAAAUAAUUAAAAGGCAGUAAAAAAUAAAAGCUGCCAAGGACCUAUAUGAUGCUCCAGUUAAGCCCACCUCAGAAUAACUAUUAGCUGAUCAUCCACUCUAACCUUUCUCUUGCCUCCAGUUUUGAAAUUUCUGAGCAUGUGGUUGUUGUGAAGUCUACUACAUGCAAGAAAGAUGUUUGCCCAGCUACAAUGAAGUGGAAAGCACACCAGUCUUGGAAUCAGAAGAUUCCAGCAUCCAGACUUGACUUUCUGAGUAAUGAUUUGUCCUUGGCAACAUGGUUGACCUCUCGGAGCCUUUAUUUCCUCUUAAAGUGGGGUAUAAUGCCACCAGCCUCAGAGGGGUUAGUGAAGAUUCAGUGAACUAACACAUGUGAAACUUGGGAGGUAUUUGGUGGUGAAGUCAUGAUCUAGUCACAGAGAACCAGGCCUUGAGGUCAGAAUUUUGGUAUCUUCCAAGAACCAUAGGCUCCCUUCAUCCAAAAAGCUUCGAAUUCCAGCCAUCAGGUUGAUGGUUACGAAAGACACUUUUCCCAGAACAUAGCAGGCAGAGCUUGCUAAUCUUCUGGGCCCUGUCUCCCUCCAGGAAGGCUACGGCAUCGGGGACGACGAAUACUCCUGUGCGUACGAUGGCUGCCGGCAGCUGAUUUGGUACAAUGCCAGAAGCAAGCCUCAC